AUGGGCGGCAUCGCAGCAGACGUAUUUGCGUCGUCUCCUCCACGACCGACGAAUCUCCCGACUGGAACUCCGACUCCCCCUCCCGAGCCCAUGUCAGAGCCGUAUCACGGCUAUUCUUUCCCCCACAACAGACUCAAGCGCCGCCUGACGCAUCCCAACAAGACGCCGCUGGUCCUGGUGUCGUGCGGCAGCUUUUCGCCGCCCACUUCCUUGCACAUGUCCAUGUUUUCCGUCGCCGAGAGUUACGCGGAGCGCACCGGCUUCGAGCUGGUCGGCAGCUACAUGAGCCCUUGCAGCGACACCUACGGCAAAAGUUCUCUGGUCCCUGCUCACCAUCGCAUUAACAUGUGCCGUUUAGCCAUUGAGCAGACAAACAGCAACGCCAUGAUCGACGACUGGGAGACUCUGCGCCGCGACGAGGCCGGCCGCCCAGUUUACACACGCACUGCCGAUGUCCUCAAGCGCCUGGACGAGCAGCUCAACGACGUGCUGGGCGGCAUCCAGACCCUGGACGGCACAUUUGUAAGAGCAAGGGUCAUGCUGCUUAUCGGGGCCGACUUGGCCCUCACCAUGAGCGAUCCCAAGGUGUGGGCGCCGGCCGAUAUUGACGUGCUCCUGGGCUACUAUGGCGCCUUCAUCGUUGAGCGGCCUGCUCUGUGUGCGACCCAGGACGCCAUCCAGCCCUUGAAGAAGUAUCACGGCAACAUCAUGGUCGUCCCGUCCUUUCAAAACGACGUCUCGUCGACCAAGGCCCGAGCCCAGAUCCGGAACGGCGAGGUCGCACAGGAUUUGCCGAGAUCCGUCUACGACUACAUCAAGCUGCAUCAUCUGUACGGGAGCGCGCCCCCCAAGGACCGGCAUGUGGACAAGAAUGGGAAGCCAGACCUGGAAAUGGUCUCGCCCCGUCUGCCCGUCGCAUCGCACAGAUGA